AUGGCGGCCGCGCCCGCUGCCGUGCCGGACGACGACACCCCCGUGCUCUUCGCGUCGCACGUCCCCGCCGGCGGCCUCACCGUGGGCAUGCAGGCCGUCGCCGCGCUGCUCGACGAGGAGGAGGCGCCCGGUGCUGCGUCCAGCAGGUCGGGACGCAAGCGCAACCGCGCGAGCAUGGGCGAGGUGCAAAUCCAGCUCGCCCUCGCCAGCUGUGACCAAGCGCCCUCGCAGCGGCGGCGCGCAGAGCCGGCGGCGGCACCGGCAGCGCCGCCACCGGCAGCCGACGACGCCACCGGGGAGGAUCCCGAGCCGCCAUUCCGCUGCCCGUGCGGAGACGCGCUCAAGGCGCCGCUGCGCGGGCUGCUCUCUGCGCGGCUGGCGAGCGCGCGGGACGGCUCGCUGCUCACCGAGGCAGAGGCGGCCGAGCUGGCGAGCGGCGCGAUGGCGGUCCGCUUGCUGCGGGCGGGCGGGGAGGGCGAGGCGGCGGCCGCCCUGGAGGCGGACCCUCGCCGGUCCCGCGCGCUGAGCCGCGCGCUCUACCAGGACGCCGUCUCGUGGGCGCUCUACUCGGCCGAGUGGGCCGACGCGCUCGCCGCGCACCUCCGCUCGCGCGGCUGCCGCAGCGUGCUCGAGGUCGCGGCGGGGGCGGGCGUCCUCGCGGCGCCGAUGCGGCGGCGCGGCCUCGCCUGGCGCACGACCGACGCGGCCCCCUCGCGGGUCGGGCUGCCAGCAGGCCUCGAGCCGGAGGCGUGCGAUGCGGCGGCGGCGCUCGCGCCCUUUGGCGUGGACGCGGUCUUUUGGGCGUGGUGGCCGCGGGGCGACGAGGGCGAUGCCGCUCUCGCCGAGGAGUGCGCGCGGCUGGGCCUCCCCGCCCUCUUCGUGGGCGAGCCAAAGGGCGGGUGCACCGGGUCGGAUGCGGUCUGGGAGCGCGCCGGGGCGCCACGGCCCCUCUCGAGCGAGGCCGAGGGGCUGGGCGGGGUGGACGUGCCGCGCUGGCCCGGCGUGCGCGACCGGACGUGGCACGUGGGUCGUCGAGGCGCGCGUGCUGCGCUGCCGCUGGCGGCUGGGAUAGAGUACUGUGAAUGCAGUUAG